UUUGUGCCUCCGGUGUACACAGUUGUGAGUGGCGAUUCCAUGGAAUCCAUCAAUGCCACUGCAUCCAAGGAUUUGGAUAGGAAGAUAAAUGCAAUUCUUAGCAUUAUCGUGCAAGAUGAUGGAGAUUCAUUAGCUAAGAGGGCUGAAAUGUACUACGAAAAGAGACCUGAGCUCAUCCAUAUGGUCGAAGACUUGCACAAAUCCUACCGCUCGUUAGCUGACAAGUAUGACCAGCUGAGAUCAGAAGUCAAACGGGAUUCUCAUCCAAGGUCAGUAUUGUCUUUGACAAGCUCCGUCAACCAAGUCCAUGGGCUACAAAACUAUGUUGAACGUCUUGAAGGUAAGGAAUUGAGUGGACAAUCUAAUUUCCAUUCCAAAUCCAGUACUGCUGAAGAUCCUGAUCACGAGACCGAAUCCGAUGAUGAGAACAUACCAGCCGACUCAUGCAAGAACACGAAGAUGAAACCAGAUGAUGGAAGCGACUAUGAAAAUCAAGAGAAAAUGAAAAUCGCUGGCAUUGGAUUCCGGCGAAAUACAAGCGAUGAUUCUCGAGCGGCUAUGUUAGAGGAUGAGAAACUAUGGAAUGAACUAAGGUUCAAGGUGUCGGAACUUGUAGAGGAUAAUUUAAGUCACCAGGCUGAGUUAAUAAGGAGAAAUGAUGAGAAGAGAGAAACCAUUAGAGACCUCAGUUCCAAGAUGAAUAUGGUGCAGGAGCAUGAAAUCAGGGGUGUGAAGAGCAAGAGCUCCCUGGUAAGCCAUAAACUUCCCAAGAAAAGUCGAUCUCAAUUUUCAAGACUGAAGAGACUAUUCGUUGGAAGGUUUAUGAAAUGAAAUAAGGCUGGUUUCUCCUGGAUUUAAAAGCCAUAUAUGUAAUGCACUCAGUCGUUAAUUUCUUCUGCAUUUCUGUUCAGUGGUUGUUGAUGUCUGACUUCUGUUAAGAGGCAGAAUUGUGUUUUUUUUUGGGGUGUGCCACCAUAGGAAGAGGGUCAAAGUUUGUGAGGCGCAGUGCAAUACUAUUAUAUUUCUUUCCAGCAUUAA